AUGUCAGAAGAAGCGUCUUCUGUUGGAAAGUUUGACCAUGACAACGGUCAACAAAUUAGAGACGAGGAAUUAUUUAAAAAAUUCUUGGAAAGAUACAGAAAAGUUUUUCAAUUUGAACAAAACCAUCCUGGAGAGGAAAUAUCACUAAAUAAAAGCAAUAUGAACGAGGACGAGUGGAGAGCCGCUAUUAAGUGGAUUGAGAAACAAGAAGGAGAUGGUCCUUGGGUAGUCUCACCAGGAGAUGAUGACCAAAAAUCUGUGUCUCAGGAAGAUGAGGAGACAUUAUUAAGAGAUGCGAUUGAGAGUGGAGAUGAGGCCGAGAGAGAGAGAGAGAGAGAUGCGAGAAAAAGAGAUGUGACAAAGAAAGUACUCUGUUAAACAAAGCAGACUUAUCCCAAGGAGUUGAAAAAAAUAAUGAAAUUGAAGCGCUACCUCUGGUACUGCUUCACAAAUUGUGGAGAGUAACACUAAUAAAGACGAAGUGUUAUCUCUAGUGAGGCAAUUUUGCGAAUCCUCUACCAAUAUGAUGAAGCAAUGCCAGGAAUCUCUGUUAGGUGCUCAGGCAGCUGUUGCUAAAAUGGAAAAAAUUCAAGGUUUGAUUAUUGACGAGUUCAAUAAACAAAAAGAUGUUUUUGUUAAACAAACAAAAACCCUUGAAGACAAAAAUAAUGAGACCCGUAAGCAAAUAA